AUGGUGACGCAGAGAAGCCGCACCUUCGAAUCCAUACGCACCAUCGCGGCCCUGUACCUGCGGGCGGACGUGGCUGCCAUGUCGGACAGCAUUGCGACGUUUGGGCUGGACACGCUGCUGUGCUCAAAGGUGCCCGCCUACACGCUGCUGGCCAAGGAGGGCUGCGCCUACCAGUGCCGGUCGCUGGCCUCCCAGGCCAUGGUGCGCGACCUCAUGGCGCUCUUCGAGGGCCUGCUGAGCGAGUACUUUAGCGACGCCUGGCACGACGUGGAGCGGACCCUUGAGGCCAACGAGGCGGACCUGCAGAUGAGCGGCAUGGUGUGCGUGUGGGAGCCGGGCAGGCCGAGGGGCUCCCCCGAGAGGGGCCGGAAGAAAAAGGCACCGGAGGGGCCGGGGAAUGACAAGGGCGGCAGGCGGAACAGCGGCCUGGCGGCUGUGGCCUCCGCGAGGAGCAGGGCGACCGCCAACUGGAGGCGAGCGUACAAAGUCGCACUGAAGCAGGUGACGCUAAACACGUUGGGCGUGAAGAGGAGGUUCCUGACCAUCCAUCAGAUGUUUCAGCAGCUGCACGCCAGCAAAGGAGACGCAGAAACAGGGGAAAGGCGGCGGCAGCCCACGCUGCUGCUGCUGGGUGGCGGGAUGGCGGCGGGUAAGAGCACUGUGCGGGAGAUCAUCGGCCACGACGACUUCUGGAGCAAGGUUGGCCCCAGCGCCGUGGUGGUUGAGGCCGACGCCAUCAAGAACCAGGACGUCGUGUUCCAGGCGCUGUCGGACCGUCUGGGCGGCGAUCCGGCAGUCAGCCAGCUUGUGCACGAGUACUCCACCAGCAACGCCGAAGGGAUGCUCGUGGCGGCGAUCAACAGUCAACGCGACGUGGUCUUCGACGGCACCAUGACGUGGCUGCCAUUCGUGGAGCAGACCAUCGCAAUGGUCAGGGACCACAAGCACAAGUACACGAGGGGUGUCGGUUGGACCCAGGACGCUGAUGGGAACCUGCGCGAGGAGUACUGGAAGGUGUGCGAAGGUCCGGGCGCGGAGGCGCAGGACAGUCUGCCGUACCGGAUCGAACUCGUGGGAGUCACUUGCGAUCCGG